AUGGGGUUCAAAUCGAUAACACAGCACUUCAACAAGCGGCUCUUCGCCUCUGUAUUCCUCAUCGCCGUGUCGCAAUUCAACUAUGGCUUCGACAACCAGGCCUUCACAUCGACGCAGGCCAUGGAUGCCUUUGAGCGGCAGUUUGGCGAGUACGACGACGCUCUGAACUACAUCGGCUUUGCUGCCGGUCUUGUGAUUGGCAGUCUAACCAGCGCAAGCUUCGGUCGUCGAACGACGAUGAUCGUUAUGAGCGUCUACGCCCUGAUCAGUGCGACAGUGGUGGUCACAUCCACAACGAAGGAGCAAAUCCUCGUAGGCAGAAUUCUCAACUAUGUCUACGUCGGAUUUGAACUGGCUGUUGUGCCCGUGUACCAGUCAGAGAUCGUCCCUGCUCCUGUUCGAGGAAUGGUUGUUGGGACAUACCAACUCUCCAUUGGUCUUGGCGGUCUCGUCAUCAACUCCAUCUGCCGCGGAACCUCAAACUUUCAAGAUAGCCGUGCUUACAGGAUUCCCUUCGGUCUCUUCUACGUCAUUCCAUCAAUCAUACUAGCCUUGAUCUGGUUCAUCCCAGAGUCUCCCCGCUGGCUCCUCCUCCGAGACCACGUAGAAGAAGCCAGGAAGUCCCACCACCUCCUCCGCGAAGGAACCAUAUCCGAAGAAGACAUCGCCCACGAGUUCGCCAAGAUCCAACAAUCCCUCCUCGAUGAACCUGAACAAGGUCGAACAAAAGAGCUCUUCCAGGGCGUGAACCGCAAGCGCACCGCCAUCGCCGUCGGCAUGUCCUUUUUCCAACAGGCGACGGGUCAAGCUUUUGCGUCGCAGUAUGGAGCCGUCUGGGUCAAGUCGCUCGGUACACUGAACCCGUUUGACGUCACCUUGGGGUCGUCAGCGCUCACAACGGGGUUGAUUAUUACGUGCUUAUUCUUAACGGAUCGGGUUGGACGACGCAAAAUUCUACUCGUUGGUGCUGCGGUGCUGACAAUUGCACUCUACACGAUGGCCGGCCUCGGCGUGCCAAAGCCCGUACCAAAUGCCAAUAAAUCAGGCAUGGUCGGCAUGCUCCUCCUAUUCGGCGCCGGUUUCGGUCUCGGAUGGGGCCCCCUAACCUACGUAGUCGUAACCGAAGUUCCAGCCCUCCGCCUCCGCGACCGCUCUCAACGCGUCUCUUCCCUCGUCAACAUCUUCAUGAACUUCCUCGUCAACUUCACCCUGCCCUAUCUCCUCAACGCGCCCUACGCCGCGCUACAGAGCAAAGUCGGUUUCAUCUUCGGCAGCAUCGCCGUCUGCUCCGCGCUCUUUGUCUUUUUCUGCGUGCCGGAGUGUAAGGGGAGGAGUCUGGAGGAGAUUGAUCGCAUGUUUCACGACGGCGUGCCGGUGAGGCACUUUGGAGACUAUCCGAGAUCCGAGGUACAGGUCAGCGCGGUCAAGGUCGUUGAUGAGGAAGAGGCUGGUGAUCAGCAUACUACGCCAGAGGAGGUCAAGUAAAGGUCGAAGUCAGAAAUUGAGAAUCAGGAUGAAUUGGAAAGCCUACCGGCAGCCCUUGACUUGGCAUUUCGAGUCGGGACCAUCGAGUCGAGGGCAUUGAAAGUCCUUCUCUCAUGAAAAUAUCCAUUUUCGGAGUCCAAUUUAACAUCUUUGCAUCGUGUUCAAGGUUUCUGUUUCCCGACAAUUCUGCUUGCUACUGUAGAACAUGUGUUCGACCCCACGUGUACCCCAUGGUGUACCCCACGGCAUCUUUUUCCGAGAACACUGAAUCAAAGUUUGAUAGCGUGUUGUUCAUCCUUUUGAUGACACAAAUCAUCCCACAUUACUUUCCGCCAAACCUUGCAUAUUGGAUCAUCACCAAACCCUACCCAGCACCUCCUCUCAGACUCCUUGACUCGGCGCUUAGGCUGCCGACGGCAAACUUGUGAUUGGGCA